AUGAAGACCUUCAUCUUCACCUUCUUUCUGCUGGCUGGUUACAGCUUUUGGGAAACAGAAGCUGGAGUAUUAACAAAAGCUGAGUGUUUGGUGAAUUUCACUAAAACGUUUGAAAACUUUACUACAGAUUUUACAAACUUAAUGUGCACAUUAUCUAAAAAUAAAACGGAUGAUGUUAAGGCGGAUAAUAGCACUGAAAAUAAGGAUGAUCCUAAGGUUGCAGCAAUUAAACAAUUCUUAGCAAAGUAUGAUGGCAAGCUGGCUGAAUGUAAUCUCACCAAAAUCCUUUGGCCUGAUAUUACAAAUGCGAAGGAUACUACUACUGGCGCUGCAGUGGAUGUUGUAAACUAUGCUUUAAAAUUUUUAGAAGAUUUAGGAUUUUCCAGCACAGUACUCAACUUUACAUGCAACCUGAAAUGCCUAGAUGAGAUUCUCAAGUCAUUGGAUGUCUUCUUACUCAUAUCAAAAUGCGUUUGCCAGAAGGUUCAUGAAACUGUGGACAAUAUUCCCAUUUCCAUGAAUAAAGAAAAUAUGAAGACGUUUAUCACAUUCCUGGAUAAAGAAACUGUGGGCAAGAUUCUCAAUCUCAUGGCUAAAUGUUUUCCACCUGGUACAGAUUUGACUGGCCUGCCUGUUAUAGUUACAACAGUCAUGAUCAAUACAAUUAUGGUGAAGGAAACAUGUAUAUCUAUACAGAAGCUUAAUUGUGUAGCGAGUGAGACCAACAAGAUUGCAAGUUCCAUAAUAAAAGGAAUUUCUAAAAUCUCGUAA